UGUUCUUAUUGUUGUUCUACGGGUGUCUUGAGCGCAAUUAUUAUGUGUGGAAAUACAUAUGCAUGUGUGUGUGUGUGUGUUAAGUAAAUGCUUAUGUUUAUUAAGGGGGGAAAAAGCAGCGCUGCCAGCGUCGCUGUCGAUCCAGUCGACUGCGCGCCUGCGCAGGAAAUUGCAAAGUCGAGAAGCGACUGGCAGCCAACUUGGCUAGUUCAGUCGAGACGCAGUUGUCGCUUGAAGCGGAUCACCAAACUCAGCACACAGUGAAUAGUGAACAGUGAACAGUGCACAGUGACCGUGAUCGUGACCGUGACAGUGAAGCAUACUGAAUAGUGAACAGUUGAAGUUGAAAGUACAGUGCGGCAAUGUCCAAGCACAAUUAUACAAAUCCGGCAUUCUGCCAGAACAGCGAAUUCUAUCCGGUGCCAUCGAGCACCGCUCGCGUUGAAUCGAUCUACAAUCGCAGCCUGCAGCUGAACUUUAAUGCGGUGUCCCGCAAUGCAGCAAGUGCCACAGCCACCGCCACCGCUUCGAAGUAUCGCGAUCCCCGCGAGGGGCCGCUGCGCAUGCAGCGUAGCAUGUCGACGCGCUCGGUGACGCGUAAACAGCAGCUGCAGCUGCAACAUCAUCAUCAGCAGCAGCAGCAACUACCACAGCAGCAAUCACCGCAAUCGAGCUGCGGACGCUAUGCGCUUGUGCCGCUCGAGGAGCUGGGCGGUGCUGCCUCAAGUCGCUAUGCCAUUGUGCCCGGCCAGGCAGCUCAGCGUUUGGCUCGCUCCCAAGACAAUCUCGAUCGCUACAGCUCGCGGCAUGGUCUGCAGUCGGAUGAGGAGCCGCACUCCUUCCACGAGGAGCCACAGCAGCAGCAGCAGGAGACACAGUUUGCCAGCUUGCCACCGAACAUAAAUGCGCUGCCUGCAAAGCCAACGCAGCAGCCAAAGAUUAAACAUGCCUUCUCCAGCGAUUUUGGCAGCAAAACGUUUCUCAUUGUGGACAAGAACAGCAAUCAGCGCUAUCAAAUGGUGCCCACAGCCGAGGAUGAAGAGUUGGUCGAUGAGAAUCAGGAGAUUAUACAAAUGCACAAUGGACGCGCACAUCGUUAUGCUGUGAUUCCAACCGAGGCGGACGAUGACGAUGAGCUGGAGGAGCAGUUGCAGCUGGAGCAGGAGACCUGCUUGAGCAACACGGAGCUGAGUCAAACCUACAAUGUGCGCACCUCAACACCGCAGCAGCAAAAACAGCAGCAGCAACAUCAGCAGCAACGCAAUGCGGCAGCUGCGACACGCGCGUUGCACGAACUGCUGACGACGCCGCGCAAGAUGCAACCACCACCACGAUUGGCACACUCCACGCCCCGCAAUGCGGCACACUACGAGCAGCUGCAACGCGAACGGCAACUGCAGCUCUACCAAAGCCAGCAGCACAUUAACUUGCAUCAGCAGCAACAGCAGCAGAUACAACAAACCACCAGCUCCGUGGUUUCGGUGGCACCAUCGCCAGCGUUGCCACUGCGGCAGCAACGUUUGUCGCCGCAGCGUCUGCACUACGAGACGGUGAAGUUGCCACCAGCUGUGGUGCCACCGCAGGCAGUGAUUAGUCCACGUGUGCAGCAGCAACCAGAGCAAGAUCUGAGCAUGCUGCAAGGCAAGAACAACAGCUCGUCGUAUCCACAGAAGGUGGCAAAUGCCACCAUCACGCUGGCAAUUGUCUCGCUGAUGCUUGUUGUUGGCAGCACCAUGAAUGCAGGACUCAUCAUCUACAUGAUAGCACACUUUGGCAAAGCGUUCUACCUGCAGUUCGGUCUGGUUGCCUCAUUUUGUGGCGUCGGACUUGGCUUCCUUGGCUUUCGGUCGCGACAAUGCGAUUGGCUGCCCAAUCGUAGCUACACCUCAGGAUACAUUCUGGUCACCAUCUUCUGUCUGUUCAAGUGUUGUGGCCUCUUGCUGAUACUCGUCUUGGAUCCAUUUCCCGGUCUGCCGCUGCACGAUGUCACCACGGGCGUCAUCCUGGGGCUGUCAACGUUCACCAUGUUCUUCAUUGGCCUUGGCGUCAUUGGCAGCUUGUGGUGUUAUCGUCCGCCACCUGAUAACCGCGUCAAUGUGGUCUGAGCAGCAACUACUUUUAGUUUCUUACUAUAGUUUUGUUAGUUUAGUUUAGUUUAGUUUUAUUUAUUCUUUCGCCUGCGAAACGACACCCCCGGAACGGCUAAGAGACCAAAAAACAAGUAUUAAUAAUUCAAUUUGAUGCGAAAUUCCAGCUGCGAAUUUUGUGCACAAAGACUGUAAAUAAACAACAACAAAACUUAAAAUAGUGUGUGGAACUCACAAAGAGUGAGCUCCAUUUAAAUUAAAACUAAAUAUCACCUGUAUUGUUAAAUCAAUUUUAAAUUAUUGUUCAACACUUAAGUUAAGACACAUUGCACACAAAUAAAUAAACAAUAUAUAUGCAAAACACACACACAAAAGAAGCACAAACAGAUUCCAUUCA